CAAGUCACACAGCAAGUCUGCCCUGGACUCGGCACACGUCAAAAUGCCUGUCAGCUUUCCAAACCUCCUCCCCGUGCUGUAGUGGCAACUUCCAAACAUGGUCGGCAGAAAACACAGCAAAAGAGGCGAAAUAUGGAGUUUUUUCAUCCUCCUGCUGUACACCGGUCCUCAUCCCUGCUUCAGCCAAGCAAGAGAAGUGAUCUACAGGAUAAAGGAGGGAUUACCCAAGGGGACCUUCAUCGGAGCCAUUGGAGUGGACUUAAAAUUGGAUUUUACAGUUGACCCCCCCUAUUUAUUCAGUCUGGCUCAAAAGAGGGUCAGUGAGCAGUAUGUGACGCUCAACAAUAGCACCGGGGAAUUUUUCACUUCGGCGGCGGAGAUCGACCGGGAGACCCUUUGUCCCGACAACUCCGACGGACGAGGGUGUUUCCUCUCACUGGACGUCUUUGUGCUCCCCCAGCAGUAUUUCCAGCUGGUCAAGGUCAAAGUCUUCAUCGAGGACGUGAACGACAACAGACCAAAGUUCCCCGUGGAUGAGGUCUCUGUAUCCAUCCCGGAAAACGCGCCGGUCAAUUCCCGCUACGCGGUGGAGCACUCGGCGGUCGACCCCGACCUGGGUCUCCAUGGAGUGCAGACCUACUGGCUGGUGAACGACUUUGGCGUGUUCGCGCUGGACGUGGAGGAGAACGACGGCGGGGAGAGGACGCCCUUCCUCAUUGUGACGGAGUACUUAGACCGGGAGACGCAAGCGGAAUACGUCACGGACAUCAUCGCAGAGGACGGAGGUACCCCUCCUCUUCUCGGCGCCACCACUUUGAGGAUCCUCAUCCUGGAUGUCAACGAUAACUGUCCUCAAUUCCGAGACUCUCACCUCAACGUGACUCUGCAUGGGAACACCACCAAAGGCGCAUAUUUGGCACGUCUGCAUGCUUUUGACCCUGACCUCGGCGCUAAUGCUCAGAUCAGCUAUGCUUAUAGUGAUCGUGUGCCAAGAGAGACCAGGAGCUUGUUCCAUUUGAACAGAACUACGGGAGUCAUCAGACUCGCGGGGAAACUAGACCCGGGAGCAGCUAUGUUUUAUAAACUCACUGUUCUGGCCAACGGAGCCGCUUGUAUUCCGGCCGUGGCCACAGUCGCCGUUCGCAUCAUCAAGGUUCUCCGGGGGCCCCCUGCUGUCAUUGCUCGAUACAUCGCCCCAGAAAAGGACGGUGUGGUGAGCAUAAAGGAAUCCGAGCCGGCGUUUUCUCCGAUUGCUUUCUUCACGGUCAAAAACAUCGACGUCAGCCAAAGGGUGGAGUGUCACUUGGAGGGCGCGGGUCCUUUUCGGAUUGGCCCCUACCAGCUGCUCAGGAACGAAUACCUCCUUGAAACCACAGAGCCACUGGAUUACGAGGUCACGCAGGAGUACAAGCUCAUUGUCGUGGCUGAAAACGGCCAAGGUCUCGUCAUUAAGACUUUCCUGGAGGUGCAAAUCCUGGAUGAGAAUGAUAACGCCCCGGUCUUUGAGCAGUCUUUGGUGGAAUUGUUUCUGGACGAGAACAAUCCCCCCAACACGUAUCUCACCCAGCUCCGCGCCACGGACCGGGACAGUGGGAGCCAAGGUGAAGUCGUCUAUCUCCUCGGAGGCGACGCCCCCGGGGUGUUUGUUUUAGACUCGGCGACAGGCAUCCUGACGGUGACUACGUCGCUGGACCGGGAGGAGAAGGAAACAUACCGCUUCGUGGUGAGGGCGGUGGACCAGGGGACCCCGAGGAUGGAGUCCAUCGCUACCGUUGCUGUGUCCGUGCAAGAUCGCAAUGACAACAGCCCGCGUUUCAUCAACAAGGAUUUCACCUUCUUUGUGCCGGAGAACUUUCCGGGUUACGGCGAGAUCGGGGUGCUGUCGGUGAUGGAUGCCGACGCCGGGAAAAAUGCCUGGGUGGCUCUUUCUAUCCUCAACGGCAGCGACAUCUUCAUGAUAGAUACCGGCCGAGGAACGCUGAGGGCUAAGACCUCCUUGGACCGAGAGCAACAGGGGACGUACCAGCUCUGGAUCGAAGCAGUCGAUGGCGGGGAACCCGCGCUGUCCUCCGUCACCAUGGUGACCGUGCUACUCUUGGACGUCAACGACAACCCGCCGAUCGUCCUCUUCCCGCAAUCCAAUCAGUCCUACAUGCUGGUGCUACCCAGCACCCUGCCGGGGACGUCCAUCACGGAGGUGUACGCCGUGGAUAACGACACGGGCAUGAACGCGGUGAUUGCGUAUAGUAUCAUUAAAAGAAAGGGAGGGCAGCCGGGAUCUUUCGCCAUCAACCCAGAGACGGGGAAUAUCACUUUAGAGCGGGAACUCAGCAACCGCGGUCUCUACAGCCUUCUGGUCAAGGUCAGUGAUCACGGUCAGCCGGAACCGCUGUACUCCACAGUCAUGGUCAACUUCUUUGUCAACGAAACGGUGAGCAAUGAGAGCUACAUCAGGACUCUGCUUCCCACCGAGGCGGACGUAGAAACAGAGGAGAGACCCUGGCCCGUGGGUCGGUUGAAGGAAGGACCGGAGCGGUAUGACAUGUUCCCGUGUAAACCUGCCCUCAUUGCGCUCUCGGUGACGUGUCUGGGCCUGCUCUUCUCCCUCGUCACACUGGCAGCUUGCGUCUGCUUAAGGAGAUUUCAGAGGCAAAAGACCAACUCGGAAGUGGACGUACCUUUGAGAAGGAAGAACGACUCCGCGCUGGUCAAGAGUAAGAAGCUCAGACAAGUUUCGAACAUUUGAAGUCCGGUAAAUUGUUUACAAGAUGUUUACAGCACACACUGUGAGGAGUCGGUUUGGGGAAUCGGUAUUUCUUGGGACACGUUCCUUACUCCGUACAAUCACGGGCCACUUCGUUAAUCCCAUGAGGUCCGGGACGUCCUUUCCAAGUUCACGUACCUUGCACUUCCUCAAAGGGUAAUUUUUACCCCCCAAUAUGUCCAAUUUGUCCAGAAUAGCCCAAGCUGUCCAACCUACUCAGCGGCCUAGUGGUUAGAGUGUCCUCACUUAGAUCGGUAGGUCGUGAGUUCAAACCCCGGCCGAGUCAUACCAAAGACUAUACAAAUGGGAUCCAUUACAUCCCUGCUUGGCACUCAGCAUCAAGGGUUGAAAUUGGGGGUUAAAUCACCCAAAAUGAUUCCCGGGCGUGGGCACCGCUGCUGCUCAACCCCUUGUUCACCUCCCAGGGGGUGAACAAGGGGUUGGGUCAAAUGCAGAGGACUAAUUUCACCACACCUUGGGUGUGUGUGACAGUCAUUGGUAGUUUAACUUUAAAUAAUGCUUCGCUAUUGAAUGGAGACAAGUCACGGACUCUGCGGCGCUGCCUUCUUGCCAACAAGACAGUGAAGGACAGCACGUAGCGGUCGACCAAUCAGAGGUCAGACAAAUGAUGGCCGAGUCCGGUCUUCCGGGAGUAAGAACGCAAAUUGUGGCUGAAGGGAUCGGGCUUAAAUAUCAGUCUUUCCUUCUAUUUUGACGAGGUUCAAUCCCAAAAAGUACGACGUAAACAAAAUACGAAACCCUUGUGCAAUCUUUGAAAAACCAAAGUUAAGUUUAGUCUGUUGAUUUGGUACAAAAAUUCAGGAUUGAAUUUGUUUACUGUGUAUUCAAAUCCAAAACAAUUCUUGUCCCAAAACUAAUAUUUUUUAUAACUUAAUAUAUUAUUAUUUAUUUAUUAUUGUGGCAUCAAAACGACAACAGCUUAAGUGGGUGUGUAGUUAUAUUUAAAAUAUAAUUAUUGCCGGCGGCACAUUAAUGAUGUGUUUUUUUUAUCAUGAAAAUUGACGUACAAAACCCAAAACCAGUGAAGUUGUCACUUUGUGUAAAUGGUAAAUAAAAACAGAAUACAAUGAUUUGCAAAUUAUUUUCAACUUAUAUUCAAUUGAAUGGACUGCAAACACAAAAUAUUUAACGUUCGCACUGAAAAACUUAAUUUUUUGCAAAUAUUAGCUCAUUUGGAAUUUGAUGCCUGCAAUUUGUUUCAAAAAAGCUGAGAAGUGGCCCAAAAUACAGAUAUUUGAGGAGUGAUCAUCAAACACUUAUUUGGGACAGGCAAAUUUAGGGAUUUCACCAUCCCCCGUCCAUAAAAACCACCAAGGGUUCAGAGAAUCUGAAGAAAUCACUCCACGUAAGCGAUGAUAUUACGGACCUUUGAUCCCUGAGGCGGUACUGCAUCAAAAAGCGACAUUAGUGUGUAAAAGAUAUCACCACAUGAGCUCAGGAACACUUAAAAAAAACACUCUCAGUAACUACAGUUGGUUGCUACAUCUUUAAGUACAAGUUAAAACUCUACUAUGUAAAGCCAAAGCCAUUUAUCAACAACACCCAGAAAUGCUGCCAGCUACACUGGCCCCCGAGCUCUUCUUUGAUGGACUGAUGCAGAGUCUAAAAGUGUUCUGUGGUCUGACAAGUCCUCAUUUAAAUUUGUUUUUUAGAAACUGUGGACGUCUUGUCCUUCGUACCAAAGAGGUAAACAACCAUCCGGAUUGUUCUAUGUAUAGUUGAAAAGGCAGCAUGUGUGAUGGUAUGAGGGUGUAUUAGUGCCCAAGGCAUGGGUAACUUACACAUCCGUGAAGGCACCAUUAAGGCUGAAAGGUACAUACAGGUUUUGGAGCAACAUAUGCUGUCAUCCAAGCAACGUUAUCUUGGACGCCCCUGCUUAUUUCAGCAAAACAAUGCCAAGCCACUUGUUACAACAGCGUGGCUUCGUAGUAAAAGAGUGCGGGUAGUUUCCUGGCCCGCCUGCAGUCCAGACCUGUCUCCCAUGGAAAAUGUGUGGCGCAUUAUGAAGCGUAAAAUAUGACAGCGGAGACCCCGAACUGUUGAACGACUGAAGCUCUACAUAAAACAAGAACGGGAAAGAAUUCGACUUCAACAAUUAGUUUCCUCAGUUCCCAAACGUUUAUUGAGUGUUGUUAAAAGAAAAAGGUGAUGUAACACAGUGGUGAACAUGCCCUUUCCCAACUACUUUGGCACGGGUUGCCGCCAUGAAAUUCGAAGUUAAUUAUUAUUUGCAGAAAAAAAUUGAGUUUAUGAGUUUCAACAUUAAAUAUAUUAUCCUUGUAGUGCAUUCAACUGAAUAUGGGUCGAAAAUGAUUUGCAAAUCAUUGCAUUCCGUUUAUAUUUACAUCUAACACAAUUUCCCAACUCAUGCGGAAACAGGGUUUGUAAGUCGAUAAAGAUUUACAAAUAUUUCUAUUCUUUUUUUAUUUACCAUUUACACAACUUAACAACUUCACCGGGUUUGGGGUUUUGUACGAGCAUCGGUGGCAUCCAAUAAAAUUACAAAGAGAAACUCUUUUUAAAAAAAAAAAUGUAAAUACAAUAUGUACAUAUUGUACAAAAUAUUUUUCAUCUUUUGAUUGACAAAGAAUUUUAAUACACGGCAAAUGUUGACUUUUUUAUGACACUUUGUUGCAUAAAUGUUCCUUUUUUUUGUUGUCACGAUGCAAUCCUGCUUCAAAAAAGCAAUCUUUGGGACACGUUUGUGCGACUUCAUGAUUUCCAUCCGUACAUUUCACUUCACAGCAGUAAGAACUGACACGGGGGGGCUUUUGAACGUGUUUGCCUGCGUGGGGAGUUGUUGUUGUUGUUGUUGUUGUUGUUGAACUCGACGGCUGAACCUGUUGCGUGAUUUUAAGGACAUUGUAUAGACUGAAGUACACUCACAUAAUACUCACAUCACCCUCCAACAUGCAGUCCUCAUUGUGAUGUUACAAAGUGUUUGUGGACAACUAAAUAAUAAAGUACUUUAUUUUAA